GAGAGAUGAGAUUGGCUGUAUGGAUUCACGUUCCACCAAUUAAUUGUCACCACCAUCAAUCAGAUCCAUAAGGCAGCCGUGAUCGUUCUACUGCUGGAUGAGAUGGGGCAAGGACAUCGGCUGGAUGGAUUAAACGUUUCACCAAUUCAUCACACGUAGGCUCUCCGUGCCAACAUUGGUUCUCAUCUGCUGUUUACCGCCCUUAGUGGAAAUCCCACAUUAAUAUGGCGGGGAUGGGGGGUAAGUAUAUCCAUAGGACAACCGCCCCACAAAGUGGUACAUAUUUUAUAGACAGGCGGGUAUGAUGGGCUGAGUCAACCAGGUGAGUUAUAUUUUAUUUACUUGCUAUUCAACGACUUAUUUGCAUUAUUGCGUUGGUAUUUUUUCUAAUUAGCAUAAUAUUUACUAAAUGUAUACGUUGCACAUUCUCAUUACCAUAAGAACAUAUUUAAACAGCGGUUAUAUUCAUUUUUCAAAAGUCACACUUAUCCCAUGUAGUAUAUCCAAACAUUUCUCGACCUCACGCCGCUUAUCAACUGUAGUAAAUCCUAACACGCGUGGGGCAGUAUUCCGCGCUCCGAUUGGCCGAGCGCCUCCGACCAAUGAAGUCGCUCGUCUCUCGACCGACAUGGCUGCGCCCAGUGGGAGCGUGGCUGCACGUGGGCUGCGAGGGAUCGCUUAGUCGAGACGGAGACUCGAGCCGAGAAGGCGAAACAGUGACUGCGACUGAACCAUGAUGAAUCGCAGAGGCGGGGGAGGAAGAGGAGGGAGGGGAGGAGGUAGAGGAGGAAGAGGUAGAGGAGGUGGAAGAGGAGGAGGGAGAGGUAGAGGAGGUGGAAGAGGAGGAGGUGGAGGAGUAAGAGGACACAGGAAGGAGGAGGACAACUUGAGGCGGCUGCGAGUUUCUGUGGAAAAGUUCGCGAGGGGCGGAGACGGAGACUUCAAAGAAAGCGAGGGGUCGGACUUUCGGGGUCCCUCCAGGGGGCUCUCUAGGGGUUUCUCCCGUGGGGGUUCUUCCCGCGAUGACUCGAGGGGUCCCUCCCAGGGUCUCGCGAGGGAUCUUGCUAAAGGUGACGCGAGCGGCGUCUCGCGGGGUUCACACCGGGGUCUCUCUCGGAGGACUUCAAGGGGCGGUUCCUCCAUGGGGGGUUACACGCGGGGCGUCUCCAGUGGUCUCCACAAGGAUCCCCCACGGAGUGACUCCUGGGGCCCCCCGCAGGAUCUCCCAAAGGGUCCUGGCGAGGGCGACGCCGGCGGUGUCCCCCACGGCCCCUGCGGGGGUCUCCUUUCUCGGGGUUCCGCUCAGGGCCCCUCGCGCAAGGAGAGGCGCAAGCGGGAGCGGGCGCUGAAGAAGAGCAAGCGGCAGGCGCACUUUGCCAAGUUCCAGCGGCAUCGCCCUGACGGCGGCGAUAAAAACAAGGGAGGAGGUGGUGGUGGAGACGCGGGCGGAGCAGCAGCGGCGGCGGCGGUAGCGAGCCGCAAGGCGCGGGGCAAGGGUCCGCUCGCGAGGGCCGACGCCGAGUCGGAGGGGAAGGAAGUGGGCAAGACGGAGACGCACGAGCGAGGGCUGCACGAGACGAAGGUUGGCAAAAGGAAGAGAAUCUACGACGACGACGACGGCAGCGAGGGCGAGGAUAGCGAGGGCGAUGUUGGCGACGAGGUGAGGGCGACGCGAGCCGACGAGGUGAGGAGGAUGGGCCUGAUGGAGGCGAACCGAGCGGAGGAGAGGGAGAUAAAGCGCCUGGAGAAGCUGCUCCACAUGGACAAGAAGAAGAAGAAGGGCAAGAGGGGGGGAGAGUCGGAGGAGGCGAGGCUUCCGCAGGCGUUCAUGCUGGACGGCCUGGACUACAUCCUGGACGCAGUGAGCGGGCGGAAGGCGCUCGCGUUUUACGAGGAGGACGAUGAGGUGAAGCGAGAGGAGGAAGAGGUGAAGGAGCAUAGCCUGCGCCGUCUCGAAGAGGCCACGGGCAACAAGGCCGCGAUCCCGGAACGGGAGCGACAGAAGAUGGCAGGGAGCGGCGAUGGGGCGUCUUCCGAGGACGAGCUUGGGUUGUCGGAUGAUGAAGAUGAUGAAGAGGAGGAGGAAGAGAUAUCGGGCGACGAGGAGGAGGGUGAGGGAGGAGGCGAUCAGAGCGAAGAGGAGGAAGGAGAAGAUGACGUGAUUGAUGAUGAGCUCGCAGGACAGGAGCAGUUGUCAGCUGUAGAAGAUAAUGAUGAUGUAGAAGAUGAUGAUGACGACGAUGUAGAAGAUGAUGAUGACGAUGUAGAAGAUGAUGAUGACGAUGUAGAAGAUGAUGAUGGUGAUGACGGUGACAGCGCCUCGAAUGAUGAUGCGUGUGAGAGCGGUGGUGAUGAAAACGACCAAACUAGCCUUCCGGCUGCUGCUGCUGCUGCUGCUUCUGCGGACGAAACCCAAGCCGUAAAGUACGUCCCCCCGUACCAGCGCAUGCGGCCUCCCGAAGAAGACGCCAAGAAAAAGGAGGAGCUGCAAAGGCUGAGCAAGACCGUGAGAGGGCUCGUUAAUCGGCUGAGCGAGGCGAACCUGCCGUGGGUGAGCGGCCAGCUCGAGGAGCUGUUCCUGCGCCACAGCCGGCACGACGUGACCGGCACGCUGACCGUCGCCGUGCUCGCCGCGUGCGUCACGCCGGCCCCCACUCCCGAGCGACUGCUCGGGGAGCACGCCAUGCUCGUCUCCGCGUUGCACCACAACGUCGGCGUGGAGAUCGGCGCCGCUUUUCUCGAGGCUCUGGCCAAACGCUUCGACGCGCUCCACCGCGCCCGAGACGGCGACGACGGCGGCAAGGAGCGCGAGAACGCGGCGGCGCUGCUGGCCCAGCUCUACCUGACGCGCGUGGUGCACUGCUCGCUGGUGCUCGACGUGCUGCGCCGGCUGGUCGCCGCCUUCGGCGAGCGCGACCUCGACGCGGCGCUGCUGCUGCUGCGCUCGAGCGGCACGUCGCUGCGGCGCGACGACCCGCUGGGGCUGCGCGAGCUCGUGGCCGAAGCGCAGCGCAAGGCCGCCGCGGUCGGCGGGGCUGUGGCGGCGGCCCGAGGGGCGCCCGCCGACGGCACCGCUCGCGACGGGACCAGGGUGCGCUACCUCCUGGAUACGAUGCUGGCGCUCAAGAAUAAUGAUGUGCGCAAGAUUCCCGGGUACGACCCGAGUAACCUGGAGAGGCUGCGCAAGCUCCUCCGCUCACUGGUGCGCUCGCAGGCCGGUGGCGACAGCGACCGCGUGCUGCGCGUGUCGCUGGAGCAGCUGCUCUCAGCGGACCGCGUCGGGCGCUGGUGGAUCGUCGGCUCGUCGUGGAGCGGGGCGGCGCCUGCGAGCACGGGCGCCGCCGGAGGCUCGGCCCAAGCCGGCGAGGAGCGGCCUGAGCUGCCGGUCGGAGGGGAGAUGAGCGCCAAGAUGAUGGAGCUGGCGCGCAAGCAGAGGAUGAACACGGACAUUCGGCGCGGGAUCUUCUGCGUGCUCAUGACGAGCGAGGACUACGUGGACGCCUUUGAGAAGCUCGUGCGCAUGGGGUUGAAGGAGAAGCAGGAGAGGGAGAUCGUGCACGUGCUCAUGGACUGCUGCUUGCAGGAGAAGUCCUUCAACCCCUACUACGCCUACCUCGGACAAAAGCUCUGCCAGUUUGACCGCAGGUUUAAGAUGACAUUUCAGUUCAGCAUGUGGGAUCGCUUCAAGACCCUGGGAAACCUGAACGCCACAGCCACCACCAACCUCGUCAACGUCCUGAGCCACCUGCUCGUCCACAAGGGCCUCUCCGUGACUGUGUUCAAGGCGUUGGAGUUCAGCGAGAUGGACAAGCUGUCGGUGAAGUUUCUCCGUCAGGUCCUGCAGAAGCUGCUCCUGGAAGCCUCCGAAGAGCAUCUGCCCGACAUAUUUUCAAAGGCGGCGGGCAACCCCAAGCUUGCUCUGCUCCGGGAGGGACUCAAGAUUUUCAUGCGGCACUUCAUGCUGCGCGGAGCCGCGUCGGGGGACGCGGACGAGGCCGAGCUACUGCGGCAGAGGAUCGAGGUGGCGGAGAAAGCCCUGGAGCAGGAGCGGAACCCGGCCGUGAAUCUGUGAUGGUCGCACGAACGCACGCAGAGGGCGGCCCGCCCGCUGUUACCGCUGCUAUUGUCGUCUCCACAAGAACACUCUGCGCCGCCAGUCCCGUGCUUCGGUCAGGGAGGCCUAGUGAUGCGGCAACACCGGUGAUGUGUCGUGCAAAACUCGAUCCCCGCGAUAAUCCCAUCGUCCGUUUUGAUAAAUGUUGGUUCAGCGCCGAUGAGCUUUGCUCAUUUACGUUUUUAAAAAUAUAUUUUCCGAUGAAAUAUUUAUUGAAUUGUGAUGUUCGUGGUAACUUGCCCAUUAAAUAGGUGCUCUCCAAAACGUUUUCUCGAGUUAUCGAGUCACCCGGUCUGACUUUCGAUGUGUUUGUCGUGCUGCACGACUCCGAUGCGUAUUUGUUCCACGGAAAGUCACGGUGAGCCAGUUGCCCAUCUAGUUCACAACAGAAAAAAACAACAUCAAAGGGAUGUGUACAGAAGAAGAGGCAUCAACGGAACAAAACGUGAGGGGUGCACAGGCAACCACAGUGCUUAAAAGAACAAAAAAAUAAGCCACAGGCAUUGUGCACCGAAACAAGAACGAGGUAAUGAACACCCCCGAGCAGCAUGGUUGGCCAUGUACGGUGCGAAAGAAGUUCAACAUACACAUGGGACAGGUGAUUGCCCACUUUUUACUGCGCUACCACCCCCUGGCGAUUGGGUAUGGCUCCUCGAAGCCCACGGGAAGGAAGUUUCACAACAUUUGUCUGAUCCUCCAAACCUCGCCUCCAGAGUGCUGCAUUGCAGGUGUGUGCCGCCACCAUUACCUACACCCAGCCAGCCAUAAAGUGAUUAAAUUAUUAUUUCGCCAUUCUAGUGCUUUUGAGAUUUUGAAUUCCAGUUCCAAACACUUCAAGUUUAUAUUUCGGGCAGUGGGACGCUACGUGUUCCAUGGUUUGGAGUUUGCCAGGGCUGACUUCGGUGGCAAAAGUGAUAUUUAACCCAGUCCUGGGGUAUGCACUUCAACACACAUUGACCAGCAUGGGGGAGGUCGUCAGCAGUAGAGUGACGAAGGGCCUGGCGAUGUUACUUUUGUUAUUGCAACAUCAAUUGUAAAUACUGUAAAUGUAGAACUUUGUUACGGUGAUUGAAUCCAUCUUUGUGAAAAGUAAAACGCUUUUCUAUUACAUUUUAAAUUAACGUGUGCCUUGUCCGCUCUCGGUGAAUUACAGUAAACACAUUCCGAUCACGAAUAUAAUUUCAAUUGCCCUGACAUAUCUGUGCAAUAGAAGACUGAAUGGAAAAAUGUGUCGGCUUUUUCGAAACUAUUCAAAACAUUUACUGACAUUAAACUAUACAAUUCGC